AUGGAACAACCCCAGAACCUACGCACCCUGUUCACCGAGGCGAAAGCCGAAAAGUCCGCGCUGGAAGGGCGGUUCGACAGCAACACGGAUGCUUAUCGCAGUGAUGUCAACGCAGUCAUAGCCAAGCUUGAGGAAUGCCAACGAUUAGUGAGCUUGCUGUCGCUGUUUAGCUCCAACGAAGCUCUCGAGGAUAUCUCCACCGGAGAUCUACAAUACCUGACCGUCGAAUACCUGCUCGCCGACCUCCUCCAAAGAACCUACACAUCGGACCGCGAAGCCUCCCUCCGCCGUGCACUGAGCCAAUACGAAAAGUUCCUCUCCCGGCUGGACGAAUACGACAUCCUCAGCGCCAGCGACAAGAAGCUCUACGAGCGGUACGCGGCCAACCCGUCCACCUUCUCCCUCACCCCUACCAACGAUGCGGCGGUCCGGCGCGAGGUGAAGAUCACCCGAUUCCGGGAGGAGAAGGAAUUGAAGCAGAAACUCGAGUACUUGUCCAAGAACAAAGACCGCUUGCAAAGCGAUGAAGACGAUGUGCGCGCAUUGUACCUGGCGGAGCUGGCGCUCUACGCCCACCAGACGUUCCAGUCGCUCGACCUCCUGUCGCAGGAGUUGUCUAUGUUGGCCACGAUGCGCACGGCACCCCCCAACCCCACCGAGCUGUCGCAGGAUGACCCCCGGAGACGCAAUGGGGACGCCGAAUCGGGCUACUCCGAGCGACUGGAUCGCCCGAUCGCCGAGCUCUUGAGAGGAGGAAGGCUCGGGCCGAUAUUGAGCAAGGAGGGACGGCCGAUGCAGCCCUUUACACUGCUGGAUCGCCGCACCCAGCUGCAGCAGGGCGUGUUCCGCUCCGGGCACAACCUGCCAACUAUGACAAUCGAUGAAUACCUCGAAGAGGAGCGAAGGCGGGGCAACGUUAUCGAAGGGGGAGGCGAGGCGUCCGGGAUCAAACCAGAGGUCGACGAAGACGACCACGAUAUCGCCGAUGGAGAGACUAUGAAGGCCCGGGCCUGGGAUGAGUUCAAGGAAGCAAACCCCCGAGGCUCGGGAAACACUCUGAAUAGAGGAUGAUUGUCAUGAAUGCUACAUAGAUACUGAUGAUUUGGUUUCUUGGUCUGGGUCUUGCCAUGAGACGAGCACAUAUAAUGAAUGC